GGAAGAAGGGACCAGCCAGCGAGAAGCAAAGUUGCCCACCCUCCUCGAUCUGCAAGCAUGUAUGCACAUCAAAAUAUCUGUCGAACAAGAAGAUUAGAGGGCGCUUGCACUUGUGCUUAAUUUGUCAACCUGCCUGCUCUUGUCUACAGUCAAGUCAAGGUUGUGUGGCAAAUAUCUUCGGUACGUAUUGAUGGGUUAGACUGGUCGAAUUUGCAGCUGCUUUUCUCUCUAGGUCCUCUUCUUCGACAGAGGAAUAUAUAUACAUCAUGAAUGUUGCUGAGAAGGAGAUCUUAAGAGCCGAUAAUGUUCACGAAGCUGCACAAGAGAUGUUCAAAAUAAUUCAGCUCAGGGGCCGCAUAUUCUGCCUUGAUUGUUGGGAUGGAUUUGGGGCCUCUGCUGUUCUUAGAUACAUGGCGGCAAUGCUUCCAUCCAGGAGAAACAUUCCGGAACUAUGCUUUGACAGAAUAAUUUUCAUAGAUUGCUCAAAGUGGAAUAACAGGAGAGCGGUGCAGAGAGCAAUUGCACAGGAACUGACACUUGACCGCUCUAUAAUGGCUACUCUAGAUAAGCAAGACGAAGAGGAUGAUUUUAAGGGAAUUGGUGAAAGCUCGAGGAAUGAGAUAGGCAGUGUUGCACAAGUGAUUGAGCAAACCCUGACUGGCACCAAAUUUAUGAUGUUUUUUCUCAAUGGAAGUGAUGACGAGGUUGACAUUGGUUCGUUUGGCAUUCCUCUUACAAGGUUUGGUAAAAACAUGAUGAUAUGGACCUUCAACAGGUGCUGCUUGACAAUGCAUCGCCAUGUUGACCGUCUUUCGAUAUCAAGCAAUCUAAGAUAUACUCAUGUUUUCAUAUAUUCAUUCCGGGGAGCUCGCUCAUUAAUAGCUUAUGAGUUUCAAGAACUACUUCAUCAACAAUGUGCCACCAUAGUUGCUCGAAGUCCAUCUAUGCUAGACAUCAACCCUACAAUGGUUAAAGAAUGUUGCCUCUAUGGGUUAUUUCUUCAUUAUAUUUUUCACAUUUCCACCAAACUUGAUUGGAUCGCUCAUGCUUCCAACUAUUGGAUAUGUGAUGCAAUCAUACAAGGGGACAAAGCAAGGGAUGUUAGUAACACAUUGCAUGGAGAGAUAAAUUGGGAGGGUGAUGCUACUGUGAUUGAUGAGGUGCUUCAGAUGCUCAUGAAAUAUUUUGAGCAUUUAUUUCUGGUAGUUAAAGAUGAUGAUGUCUAUAAGGAAGGGUCAUACCGUUGGAUUUCAGUCACAUCAAAAAAUAUGGAAAUAUGUGGUAUGCAAACUAUUCCUGCAGUGACGUCAUCUCUGUUUUUGGCAUUUGAAAGAUCCGAUCACCCACCAACUCUGCAAAAAGGCUUCUUUGAACAUUCCAACAAGCUUGGUGUGCUAGUUCUCUGUUUCUGUGCCUUCAAUUUUGCAUCACCUCCUUUUCACCAUUGUCAGAACCUCAGAUUCCUUGGAUUGGACCAUUGUACACGUAGCAAAACAUGUGAAGCAGAUAAUCAUCAAGAGUGGGCAUGCUUGUAUAAUCUUUUGGUGCUGGACCUACGCUACACAGAGUGGGAUAAUAUCUUAUCUGAGGAGAAAAUGGAUCUUAUGAAAAGCAUCACAGAACUAAAUAUAGAAGGAGUCAGAUGUUGGCGGUACACAGCUCAGUUACAAGGGAGGCUGCCUAACCUUGAGAGACUCCGAAUAAUCAAACCAACUUGUCAGCAUGAGACAUCAAAUGAUGUUGAUAACUCCUUCAGCAUGAGACAUCAAAUGAUGUCAGCAAGGAGGUUGCCGCGCCCGGCAAGCAAGCUGCCGGGAAGAAGCCAAAGAAUGGACCCAAGCCCGAGACUGAGUGCUUUUAUUGCAAGGGAAGCGGUCACUGGAAGCGGAACUGCCCUAAGUACUUAGCGGAUAAGAAGGCCGGCAAAACAAAAGGGGCUGCGGAAUAAGCGGAAACUGGCAAAGGACGAGGUGACGAUGCACGUCGGGAAUGGUUCCAAGGUCAAUGUGAUCGCCGUCGGCACGCUACCUCUGCAUCUCCCUUCGGGAUUAGUUUUAAACCUUAAUAAUUGUUAUUUAGUGCCAGCUUUGAGCAUGAACAUUGUAUCGGGAUCUCGUUUAAUUCGAGAUGGCUACUCUUUUAAAUCUGAGAAUAAUGGUUGUUCCA